CACCUGGCAUCUCAGCCGCAGCGCUUGAAUAGACAGAUAUCCGUUGAUACAGGGACCGAAGUCAGUACUCGAUACCAAACCGGAGGCAAUGCCCUGGACCCGUCAUCCCACGACCCAAAGGUCGUACUCCGGGUGUUGGACUUGUCGUAAACGCCAUGUUCGAUGCGAUGAGCGCCAGCCAGACUGUGCCCGCUGCGAGCGAGCGGGGUUUUCAUGCGAAGGAUAUGCGACGGCGCUGAACUGGGUCGGCCAGGGGGAUGGUUCGGGCCCUAACAGAGUCGGGGCGCCAUCUGGACGGCGCAUGCGCCGACGGUGCGCGCCCGCGUCCGGCCACCGCAGCUGGCCCACCCUGAACUCGAGUCAGACUCAGGAGGAGCUGGAAGAUCGCGUUACUCGGCACGGAGAAGCCCAACAGGGUCCGUUCUCAGUCUUUGCAGUAGUUAGGGUAGCGGAGGGGGGGCGCAGAUCUAGCUGGGGGGCGGUGGGACACUUCCUGGACUGCAAUGAACCCCCCCCUCAGAGACGACUCCUCGAUCACUGGCGCCUUCGACUUAGUGCAGCUCUCAUGCCCAUCCCGGCGGGCAACAAUAUAUUAGUCUCUGUCUUCCUGCCGUUGGCCCUCCAGGGAUCCGUACAGCCCCAUGUCGUGGCCACGGGCCGAAGGGCCCUCUUCCACGCUAUCUGUGGCCUCUCGGCCUCAAAUCUCGCCUCCCUCCACAGCAAUGACCCGGAGCUGCUGGAACUGGCGGUUGCGCAUCGUCGGCAGAGCUUCAAUCAGCUCCGUCUCCAACUUUCGGCCCUGGAGGCGGGUGGGGGCGAGGACAGCGAGGUGGUUGCCCUCCUGGCCACGAUCAUCCUUCAUCUGACCGAAAGCGCCACCGAGGGCAUCGCUCACGUCUGGCGACAGCACAUCCGCGGGGGCCUCGGCCUGCUUCAGGCAGUGCGGUCAGAUUUAUGGUCCGUCUCGACCUCCGCGGCCAUGGUGCGAGAAAUGUUCCAGUUUCUUCACACGGUGGCUACAUAUCAGCAAUGUCAUUGUCACCCCCCGAUCGGCAGUCCCACUUCUGGGUGGUACUCCUCUGGUAGCGCCGACAAUCCCCGGGACCUUGCCUACAUCCAGCCCGCCCUGGGGGGAUUCCCGUAUACCCUGCUGACGGCGUUGCAUCGCAUUCAGGCACUCCCCCCUGCGGCCGACUUGUCGCCCACCCACUUGGAUUGCAUGGAGCGCGAGCUUUGUCACCUGGCCCCGCCUGCUGGCUCCCGCACGCAUCAGCCGGAAAUAAUCCACUGCCACAUUCUCCAUUGUUCCCUCCUAAUCUUCUUCCAGCGACGAACCGGCCGUGGCGCCCUGGGUGGGUUGGAGAAGCUGGCUCAUGCGGGCUGGGAGCAUGUUCGGCGGCUUGAUGCGUUCGAAACCCGGGGUAGCCCCGUGACCUGGCCCAUCAUCGUGAUCGCCUGCGAGAUACAACUCCAAGAGCUUCGAGAUCAGGUUCUUCGCUGGCUGGCCCUCCGAGCUCGCUCUGGAUUUGCGGUUUAUCGUCGUGCCCGGGAUCUGUUACUCCGGAUCUGGAGUGGCGCUAACCCCACCUUCGCGGACCACCGUUGGGCGACCCUGCUGCACACGGUUCCAGAGUUUGACAUCUACUGGGGCUGAGCGACAAGGCAUUUCUGUACUAACGGACAUCUCUGACUCAUACAUAUAGGGUUUGAAUGCUGAACGAUGGUAAUGUAGCAAUACGUCGGGAAUGGAUGGAAACUUGCCGAGGGUCGAUGCUGUGCCGCUCCUACUGCAAGCCCUGUCUGGACCACCUACGGCGGGGAACCAUUCAAAAUACGGGGAAAAGACUUAACUACGUACCUGCCAGGUAGUCAAUGUCAUGAAGUGCCCGGCCGACCUCCUUGGCUGGGCACCUUACCGCCUCCAGCCACGAAGUAUAAUUACUCUUGUCAGAUAGUCUUGAAGUUUAGAAUGUGAAAAC